AGCUGGAUGUAUAAUGUGAACAAAAUAUUUGAACGUCAAUAUUGAUUCAAGAUUUCGAAAUGGAUUUAGUAAAGCAGGUUAAUCAAGACAUUACGCUGUUUUAAUGAGACUAAAGUCAAGGUAAACGGGAUUAUUAAGUUAAUCUAGAAAUCCACAGGGAUUAACUGACUUUUACAAUGUCAAAAGUUGACAUGUCGGUCGGUCGCACCAGUUAUCGCAUUACAGUGUAUAAGGACAACAGGCCAUGUUACAAGUGUAUUUCACACGGAUGCAUCCGCGAUGGUGAAAACCUGUGUUCAGCCUGCCAGGAGUAUAUGUGCCUAAACUGUACUAUUAUUCACGGACGAGAAUGUGUUUUUGCGAAAACACCGGAGAUUUUUAAUAAAACAGCGAAAACGAAGAAUAUCGCUCAUAAGCAGAAUGAUGUUCAAUCAAAGAUUACACAUGGUAGAGAAACUACUGAUGCCAGUAGAAAUGUAGACAACAGCGAUGUUAAGGCUGACACCACAGGCAAACUACUUGGAAGAACUACAGAAGAUGUGGCUUUGGAGAAAGGAGUUAAACAACCACCAGAAAGUGGCUCGUCUAAGGCUUCGAAAUCAAGUAGUAAACGAAUUUGUUUUUCUGCACAUAAUGGUCUAAUGAAAGUUGGGUAUUCAGAUACACCAGACUCCGAACUAUCCAUAAUGCGAUGUUUACACCAUUCAGAUUCAAACAUUGAAAAUUACUGCAGACACCAUGAUGCUCUAUGCUGUGAAAAUUGCUUGCGCACUGAUCACAGAAUAUGUACAAUACAACCAAUCGAUGAAGUUGCUUAUGGCAUUAAAGACGACAAGCGAAUGGCGGACAUCAUCAAUGAAGUUAAACGCGUAAAGGAAGAAUUUCGAGUAUAUAUUGACAGAAACGAACGUCUUGUUAGACAGAUGAAGUCUUCUGACGGAAUUGAAAACCCUGAACACAUUGAAUGUGCAGCCUUGAGCAAGGAGCUCAACCUUAGCCUUACUGCAUGUAAAUACAUUGCAACAAAUAUUGACGUAGCAUUGCAUGAAAUUGAAACAUCAAUACGAAAGGGAAUUGAUGUCUAUGUAUUUGUUGCUCUGAAACGAAACCAACCGCUCAUCGUUAAAUCAAAGCAAAAAUUGGCAGAAUUACAAAUAUUCGAGGAGAAAACGGCUAACAAUAAUCGAGAUAUAUUCGAUAAGAUUAGAAAGUUUAAGGACGAAGCAAAGAGCGACGAUAGCGUGAAACAAAAUGAAGAUAACGUUAUACUUCAUCAGACGAGAAAGUACGCGGUGGACGAGGAGAGUUGUUUGUCGGACGGUAACGCCACUUUUACCAUCCGAUCAAAGCGUUCAACUUCCACCGAGUCGUUACUUCAAUCUGACGAUGGAUCUAGGACUAUUCCAAGUCGUAGCGAUUACUUUGCAGAAGAAUAUGAACCUUCGGAAUGCGCAGUCGAUGUACGGCCUAUUUCUAAAGGCUCACAAAGAUCAGUUGGUUUCCGCUCAUACUCAGACACAUCGCGUUACAAUUAUAAGCCGCGUACAAAUUCAGGAAGGAUAAAGGGGCAUGGCUUGGUAACUGAAUAUUAUAUGCAGGACAUACUUGGAACUUCAAAUGACAAAAUAUGUAGACUUCACUCAGCACCACCGGUAAGGUUUAAGGAAGAUACGAAUGAUGAAAAUGGCACUCGAAGGCCAAAAAGUAUGUAUUGCUCUGAUGAAGGAAGGCGGCACCAAUCCAAAGAGUUACAAACAGAAAAAUAUCCAAUAGAAGGUCUUGGCUCCAUUCGACUUGUAUUGAAUUCAGGUACGGAUAGAAGCGCUAAAAUCAAGAUGCUUCAAACGGCGAGAGAGGAAAGUGCAAAGGCGAUCAAAUACCCAAAGAAAAAGACCACCAAAAAGCAACUGAUAAACUCACGAAACGAACCAGUGAGCAAUACGCCUGCAAAAACAACACGUCAAAAUUCAAGGAACAACUUCAGAACUUCUCUCACAACUGAUAGCAAACCGUCGCGAGCAGCACCGCUGUUAAUGAAACAGGCAACGUUUAUCAAAGCGCCUGAUCCGGAACGAAAAGUAUCUGCUAAAAGCAGAGCUUCGAAGGAAGAGGAAUUACUAUAUAAUCACCAAAACUACGCCCGAAGACCAAGAACAAAGCUUGUUUUAACAUCCGAGCAGAUCGUUCAAAUGCAAGACGACUCCCAUCCUUGUGAGGUAAAUGGCAUUGCAUGUAUGCCGGAUGGUCGGAUACUUGUGUCUGACUUCACCAACAUAGCUGUUAAGUUGUUUAGAACUGAUUGGCGUCACGCAUCUAGACUCGCUCUCGAUGAGCUACCAAGAGGGAUCACCGCUGUGUCUAAUGUUUUAGCUGCAGUUAUAACCGGUCUAGCGCGCGAUCAUUUGCUCCUAAUAUCAGUCGGAAAUGGACUUGAAAUCUCCAAAAGAUAUAAUACAGGAUGUAUGUGCACGUCUAUUGACAGUUAUGGCUCACAUAUCUAUAUAUUGUGCCAGUCGAACUUUAAAGCUGAAGUUAGAGUCAUGAACACUGAAGGUGUUGUUAAUAUACGAAUAAGCCUUGAUCGUGUCAUUGCAACUCCAACUGCCAUUGCUGUGAACCCUCUUAACGGCGUGAUGUACAUCACUGACGCUACGCAAGGUGUGCAUGUUGUGGAAACAGGGAUGCCCGUCAAAAGAACGUCAGAUAAGAACAUAGAACGCUACCACGGUGUGGCUAUUGACCUCAACAACACGGUGUAUGUCUGCAGUGAGCGAGUAAGCGGCGUUCAUGAGCUCAGCUACGAUGGAAAACAUUUGAUGCCCGUCCUUCUCGGCUAUGACGACGAGGGGCCACGGAUGGUAUGCUACAACCAGGCUACCAACACUCUUGUGACGUCAUCUUCCAAAGGGGGUACCAUCCAGAUAUACAAGAUCAUUGACCAACUCCUUUUACAUGGACGAAAAUAAUUUGUAUAGUAUUCUACUUCAAGCGUUACAAAGAUAUCAUUUUUCAAAAUAUCAUAUUAGUUUGAUGUUUAGCGUGUAAGUUAAAUUUAGGCUGGAUUUAGGAGCUGCAGUUGACGAAUACUUUUUUUUUUAAAAGUGAGAACAAAACAGAAUUCUAGUGACUAUCCAAUGAUAUAUUUUGAAUUGCUAUUUAUUACAAGGCAUUCAGACAAACAUUCAUAAAACUGCGCGCGUGUGUGUGUCUGUGUGUGUGUGUGUGUGUGGAAUGAUUUCUUCGAGCUAGUUUUGCAUGACAUCAGUUAUUUCAUAAUAAUAAUUAAUAUUGAAAUUGUAUUUGUAUAAUUGACAAUAAUAUAACAUGAUUUGUAAUUCGUCCAAACCGAGAAAACUAUUUUUCACAUUAACUGUAAUAUAUUUUUAUCAAGUUUGUAUCAUUUUCCGUAAUGUAUGUACACACUUUUGACAGUAAAAUGCCAUAGUUUUUAAAAUUAUAAUUAAUGCACAUUUUGAAUUCGUUUUAAUUAUUCCGCAAUAUGUUAAUAACGGCGUGAUCUGAGCGUCGACAAUGUAUUUAACUUUAAUGUGUCUCAUCGCUAUUAACGAGUUAUAUUUUUGCUAUGUGUAAUAUGAUUUCGGUUUGUUAGCUAGCUUUUGUGAAAUAAACCAUAAAUUUGAAAUCAA